GCUUUGCUCAAAUUGAGUCAAGUGGAGGUGGAAGAUGUUAUGCCAUCCUUCAGGCGAUGAGUCAUUCCAUCAAGCCGAAGGCAACCCUUUCGAUGGUCUCAAGGACACGGGCAAGAAGGUCAGCGUGGGCCGCUUUUUGCCGCCUGUGAUGCCCCAGGACAUCAUUUGCAUUGGCCUGAAUUACAGGGCGCAUGCGGAUGAGUUGAAACUGCCUUAUCCAAAGAACCCUGUGGUCUUCAUGAAGCCCACGAGCUGUACGGCGGCACAUGGGGAUCCCAUCGCGCAACCGCGCGUCUCAGAGAAGAUGGACUACGAGGUGGAGUUGGCCGUGGUGAUCGGCCGGGAGUGCAAGGAUGUGACGCCAGAACAGGCCAUGGACUAUGUCCUCGGGUACACCUGCGCCAAUGACCUAAGCACCAGAGACUGGCAAAAGGUCCCAGAACUCUCUGGCAGUCAGUGGUGCAGAUCGAAGAGCUUUGAUGGGUUUGCCCCAAUUGGUCCGGUGAUCGCCACGAAGGAUGAAAUCGCAGAUCCCGGCGUUUUGAGAGUCCAGACUUUUGUCAAUGGAGUGCAGAUGCAGGACUCAAGUACCAGAGAUCUGAUCUUCAACGUUCCGCAGAUCAUCAGCUUUUUGUCUAUGGGCUCCAGGCUACUCCCGGGCACAGUGAUUCUUACAGGCACACCCUUCGGUGUGGCCGAAGGAAGAAAACCUCAACCGUGGUUGAAGCCCGGUGAUGUGGUGGCUGUGGAGGUCGAAGGCAUUGGGCGCUUGGAGAAUACGAUCGUAGCGGACAAGUCGAGCAGCAGCUGCUUCUAUGUGGCGCAGCCGAAGCUUUGAGGGCUUCACAGCUGCGACCCGCCGUGCGCUGUGCGGCCG